CCUGCUUGAAAGCAGAUGCCAACGUCACAUUCGCGCGACGGCCAUUUGUCAACUGAGAGGAUCCGAAAGCUAGCGGUAACACUUGGCGGCACUCAAAGCCAAAUUGCUCCCUUCUGACAAGCUGUCUGCUCCCGCUAAAACGCGGCCCCUUCCGUCACAAUCACAGGCCGUGACGGACUCAGAAGCAGCCGUGCGAACGGCAUAUACCUCCCGGACUGCUUUGAGGCAAGCGACUAAUGCUAGCGGUGUUUUUUUUUUUCACGAGCACCCUCGCGCGGACGGAUGCUAAGUUUUAGCCGGUGCCGCUAACGUGGUCACCAGCGGUACCAGAGCGCUUCACAGUGGGAAGAGAAGACACGAAAGGGAGGGCAUCAUCCCACCGUAGACUCCUCCCGGCGUUUGCUCCCUGUGGCCCAUGAGGAUAUUUCGCUCCGGAUUCACCGCCGCAAGGAGCUACCGGAGAGGCCCGUCGUCACUGGCCGUCCUCGCGCUUGUGAGGCGGCACCGUGGGGCCGUGACACUCUGAUGACCUCAAGGGACGGCGGCGGAGGCGGCAGCACUGACGGGACUUUUGUGCGCAAGAGGCGUCCACGUGCACGGGCCGGCAUCCUGAGCCGAAACUAACGCUCGCGGCCUGAGCAAAUACAGAGAGAACUCAUGUCAAGACCUUCUCUUCCUCAGACAGCUUAGCGAAGGUGCAGGAGGUAGCAAGCUGGCUUUUGGAAAUGAACCAGGAUCUGCUGUCGGGGGGCAGCAGCAGCAGACGGAGUCGGGGCUCCGGGGGUCCGGCGGCGAGAGGUAACGCCUCCUCCUCCGCCGCCCAGGCACCCCAGCAGCCGUCAGAGGAGGCUGACGAGGAUGAGCACAUGAACCGGGUGCUCGAGGACGAGGAGCGGCCACGGCAACAGCCCGAGACCUCGCAAGUGGACGCGGACAGAGGAUCGACAUGGGCACCCGACGAGCCUGCGCCGAGCAACGGCCCCCCCGGGGAAAACGGGGGAGACGAGGAAGGGCCCCCCAGCAAGGUGAACCGAUGCGAGAAAGGUCCCCGCUGGACGUGGAGGGCCGAGCAGAGGCAGCGGACUCAGGAGGACGAGGAGGAGGACGAGGAGGACGGGCGGGAAGAGGAGGAGGAAGAGGAGGAUGAGGAAGCAGAAGAGGGGCUGAUGUCUCCCUCCAUCAGGAACAAUGCGACGGUCGCCAGCAACAAUGUGGACUCACACCAAAGCUCCUCCAACAAGAAGCCCGAGACCUCGCAAGUGGACGCGGACAGAGGAUCGACAUGGGCACCCGACGAGCCUGCGCCGAGCAACGGCCCCCCCGGGGAAAACGGGGGAGACGAGGAAGGGCCCACCAGCAAGUGUGUUUAUUAG